AAAAAUAAUGCGCGCAGCACGACGUUAUAUAUUAUCGUCACGGCCCGUUGGCGGGCACCGGUUGUUUUUCGCACACGCGGUAUAAUAUAUAUUAUGUAGGUAUGGCUGGUAGUACGCGGUGUACCGCGGUUUGUUUGUUUUCGUAUACGCGGUAAACGGUUACGGACGGACGACGAAAAAAUAUCUUGCGCCGUUACGGGCAUGGGUUUUCUCGAACUCCUGCGCCGACCGCGGUAUGCGGUAAAUCGACACUCCCGAUCUGCAGCUUUCAAACUUUUAUAUAGUUCGCCAGACAACGGCAUGUGGACCAGCUAUUUAGCCGACUGAACAGCCGGCCUACUCUUCCUCUAGACUAGAAAAGCUAAUUCAAAAGUCAACGAAACGCAAGUCUUCAACAACGGCCAAUUAUCGGGCUUUUAUAAUAUUAUCUACAACAUAGAAACCGGAUAACGGAAACGACCGUCGGAUGUCUGUGGAACGGUCGUAAAGCAACGCCGGUGGUUUUGUCGUGAUGAGCGUGCGGGCGCUAUUGCGCGCGAUACUUUUGGCCGUCUUGGUCGCCGCGACAUGUCGAGCCGACGAAACGACGAGCGAUUACUCCGCCGCCGCUGACCCUACAGACCGACCGGAGUCGACUGAAGACGAGGAAACGAAUAAAUCAGCAGCACCUAACCAAGGAUUAAAACCAACAAAAUACCAUUAUUAUCCACAUAAUCAACACAUAUAUCUACUACCCGAGUGUGCAGUUCAACAGGUGUGUAAUGCUGUAUAUGUAAGACUCAACUACACGCAGCCACUAUGCGCCUGUCCGUCCAGGUACAAAGAGCCGUGUUCGGCAUCGUUGAACGCUGAUGACCUACACACUACAGAACUGUCUACCGACCCGAACGGCAAAAUCCUCACGCUGGUCAAGACGUGCGAACCGGUGGCCGAAAUGAGGACGUGCCGUUCGCCGAGGGACUGGUCGCUGUUGGCCCUGCAAAACGUCCGCACCGGCAAGUCACAUUACCUGGUCAUCUGCAGGUGUCCGCACACCAAUCUGCUGGAGGGCCCGAUGAGUCACGACCAGCCGACGUACGCCAGCGUCCCCGGCAUCAGAGUGUACGGCAUGAUGUGCGUGACGAAGAAUGGUGGUGGAAGCGGUCACCAGACCACGUUGGCGCCACCGCUCCAUUCCAGCCCGGCGCCGAUAACCAAGCGACGGGCGAGGCCCCUGAGGACCCCCCGAUCGUUGGACGCCUACUACAGGAGGUCUUCGGAAAGCCAAUCGUCGCCACCAUUCCCUUGGCGCAGAGCCAUGCAGUUUAUCAAAUCCGUGCAAGCAGAAGAGUCGCUGAAAAGUAAACAGUCUUAGACCAUUCGUCAUCGAUACUGAAAACGGUUGAAUAAAAAUUAAAAUUCCAUUAGCAAAUGCAUUAUAUUAUUUAUUAUUAUACAAUAUUAAAAUAAUAAAAUGUAAUGAAGCCGCUCAACUUUUUUCUUUUACCUAAAAAUGAUUUAUUACUUACGUUUUUUUUUUUUAAUAGAUACAAAAUAUAUACAAUACACAAAAAUACAUCAAUGUAAUUUUUUUUUUUUUUUU